GUGGGAAGAUCUCAGUGUCUUUCACUAUAAAAACAUUAGCCUAAUAUAUCUGUUCAUUCUUUCUUAAAGCUAACAUCAUAUUAUAUUUACAAUUCUGUAUGAUGCGAGUGUUUCAGAAACUUUAACCUCAUUGGUUGCUUUUUUCAGGGAACAAGGAACUCAAGCAUGGAGAAGGAGUGGAGAUUACUUGGCUUCCUUGUUCUGUCAUUAUGUUUUCUUGUCAGCAAUGGCCAAAAACAUGUCUGUACACAGGAGACUGUGGCUGACAUUGUAUUCCUGGUGGACGGCUCUGCCAGUAUUGGGCUGGAAAACUUCCAACAAAUCCGUGACUUCCUCUAUUUUCUCGUACAGAACUUUGAAGUUGCUCAUGACAAGAUCAGGAUCGGUCUGGUUCAGUACAGUGACACACCGCAUACUGAGUUUUCACUCAACACUUAUCAGAAAAAAGAGGAAAUUCUCAACUACAUCCAAAAUCUGCAUUAUAAAACCGGCGGGACAAAUACCGGCCUGGGUUUGGAGUUCAUGCUGGAACAGCAUUUUGUUGAAAAGGCCGGAAGUCGAGCACAACAGAAUGUUCCUCAGAUUGCCGUUGUUAUCACAGAUGGUGAUUCUCAAGAUGAGGUUGAGUCACAUGCUCAGGAGCUGAGGGACAGGGGGAUCAAAAUAUUCGCCAUAGGGAUCAAAGAUGCAAACGAAGCGUUACUGAGACAGAUCGCAAAUGAGCCAUAUGAUCAGCACGUCUACAGCGUAUCAGACUUUGCAGCUCUGCAGGGAAUCUCUCAGAGUGUAAUCCAGGAGCUGUGUAACACUGUAGAGAAAAAACACAAAGAGGUCAUCCUGAUGUUAAAAGGCUGCAACGAGACUGCACAGGCAGACAUUGUGCUCCUUGUGGACUCGUCUGGUAGCAUUGGAGACAGUGAUUUUAAAGAAGUGAGGAAGUUCCUCCAUGCUUUUGUGGAACAAUUUAACCUUAGACCUGACAAGGUGAGAGUGGGACUUGCCCAGUUCAGUGACAGACCAUACCAAGAGUUCCUACUUGGUGACUAUUUAGAUAAAAAAGACCUGCACCAAAAGUUGGAUGAACUCAUCUAUCGUAGAGGAGGCACCAACACCGGUCAGGCCCUGACUUUCAUCUGUGAGAAUUACUUUAGCCUGGCCAGAAAGAAUGUCCCUGGCAUUGCUAUAGUCAUCACAGAUGGGGAAUCACGGGACGCUGUCGAGGAAUCUGCCCAGAGACUACGAAAUAUGGGAGUUGCCAUCUUUGUCAUCAGGGUGGGAAUGGGCAACAUGGAAAAGCUGCGCACCAUGGCUAAUGUCCCACAUGAAGAGUUCUUAUUCAAUAUUGACAGUUAUCAAGAACUGCAAGGUCUAAAAGUGGAUCUGCGCAACAAAGUGUGCUUUACUGUGGAGGUCCAGUCACAAGCUCUUAUGCAAAAAUUUGCUGAUCUCUUCAUACUGGUUGAUAGUUCAGCAUCUAAUCAAGAGCAGAAAACAAUAAGGAAUUUCCUCGAAAAACUGGUCAACCAGCUGGAAGUGGGGAAGAAUGCUAAUCGUGUCGGCCUUGCUCAGUUUAGCAAAAAUGUCCAAGAGGAAUUCCUGCUCAAUACUGACAAGAACAAGAAUGAGAUGGUGUCAUUUAUUCGCAAACUGCAGCUGAGGCCUACAGGGAAGCGUAGAAUUGGCCAUGCCAUUCAAUAUGCACACACAAAUUUCUUAAAUAGCGCUGCUGGAAGCCGUGUCUCUGAAGGGUUUAAGCAGUUCCUGUUAGUUAUCUCUGCUGGAGAAUCCGCUGAUGGUGUCGUCCAAGCAUCCCGAACAAUCAAAGAAGAUGCAGUGACAGUUUUUGCUGUUGGCUUAAACAAAGCUGAUCCGUUUGAGAUGAAGGACAUCUCUAGUCCACAGCACAACUACAAGUUAGUAGGUAAUGUUCCACAAGUGCAACAGAAACUUAAGUCUGCCAUUGACACAUGGGAAGAUGCUGCCGUCACAGAGGCAAGGGGAAUACAAAUUAUGCCAACAUACUCUAAAGGAGGUAACGUUCCACAAGUGCAACAGAAACUUAAGUCUGCCAUUGACACAUGGGAAGAUGCUGCCGUCACAGAGGAGUGCAAGUUUGAUGUGGUGGCAGAUAUUGCUUUUAUUGUUGAUCAGUCCAGCAGUAUCAGAUCCAAAAAAUUCCAACUUGUGCGUGACUUUCUCAAGAACACCAUCGGAGGUCUCGACGUGGGAGAGGGAAAAAUAAAGGUAGCUGUGAUCCUCUAUAGCGACUUCCCUCGAGCUGAUGUGUACUUGGACACCUUCAAUAAUAAGGCUGACAUCCUGCGCUACAUCAGUAGCAUGGCAUAUGGUCGUGGUAAAACAAACACUGGAGCUGCUCUCAGGUUUGCCAAAGAGCAUGUGUUCACCAAAGCAAGAGGCAGCAGAAGAGAUGAGCAUGUUCAGCAGGUUGCUGUUGUUAUCACGGAUGGAAAGUCCACAGAUGACGCGCCCAGCGCUGCGGCAGAUUUGCGGCGAUCAGGCGUCACUGUAUUUGUGCUUGGCAUCAAAGACGCAAAAGAGGAUGACUUGAGAGAGAUCGCAUCCUACCCACCCAAGAAGUUUGUGUUAAAUGUGGAACGCUUUGAUCAACUAAAUUCACUUGCGAAGAUUUUAACCAAAACACUUUGCAAUGAAAUCACAGAUGCCAUCAUACCUCAAAGCUUACUCUCUACAGUAUUAGGUUGCAAGCAAACAGUCAAAGCUGACAUAUACUUCCUUGUGGAUGAAUCAGGAAGUAUAGACUAUGCAGACUUUGAAGAUAUGAAGAAAUUCAUUAUUGAAUUGCUUGAUGUGUUCAAGAUUGGAAAUGACCAUGUGCGUAUUGGGGUGGUGAAGUUUGCAAGCCGUGCAACCACAGUUUUCCGAUUACACGACUAUAGCACAAAAGCUGGUGUUGAAAAGGCAGUGAAGGGUCUUGUUAUGAAUGGAGGGGGCACCAGGACUGAUCUGGGGUUAAGAGAAAUGAUACCGCUAUUCAAAGAAGCUGUACAAACACGUGGGGAAAAGGUUCGUGAGCUGCUGAUUUUAAUCACAGAUGGAGAAUCAAUAGGGACAGAAGAGCCAGUAGAAGUUCCUGCUAAAGAACUGAGAACAGAACAGAAUGUCACCAUUUAUGCUAUUGGUGUGAAAACCGCAUCUGUGCCCGAGCUGGAAUUAAUAUCUGGCAGCCCACAAAGGACGUUUUAUGUCAAAAACUAUGAUUUUCUCAAGGAUAUUAAGAAAGACAUCCUUACAGAAAUAUGUUCCUUUGAAGGUUGUGAAGGUCUUUUUGCAGAUGUUGUCUUCCUGAUCGAUGGAUCAGAAAGUGUUAGCGCUGAUGACUUUAAAAACAUUAAGCACAUAAUGGAGAAUGUGAUAGAAAAGUUUGUAAUUGGACCAGAGAAGGAACGUGUUGGAGUUGUUCAGUAUGGAACAAACACAAAAGAGGAGUUUUCCUUAAAUGCAUUUGAUGAUAAAGUUCAAUUAUUAGAGGCAAUCAGAAAUAUCAGACAGAUGAAUGGAAAAACUAACACUGGAAAAGCACUCACAGAAGUAUUGCAAUCUUUUGACGAGUCUAAAGGAGGACGCUCCAGAGCCUUGGAUUUUUUGAUAGUUCUUACAGAUGGAGAUAGUAGGGAUGAUGUAGCCCAACCAGCGAAAGUCCUGAGAGACAAUUCCAUCAACAUCAAUGCCAUUGGUAUGAGACAUGCAAACAGAUCUCAGAUUCUUGCCAUUGCUGGAUCCCAUGGAGGUGUGUUCUAUGAAGACGCAGUUGCUUCCCUGAAAGAAUUAAGCAGUGAGGUUCUUCUCAAGAUCUGUAACACGGAAUGCAAGACACCUGAACUGACUGACAUAAUCUUCCUUGUGGAUGCCUCUGGUAAUCCCAAUAAAGAUGGUUUCCAGGAAUUUAUAAGCUUAAUGGCAUAUGUGGUGAACAAAUCUGUAGUUGGAGAAAGACGGGUACGAUUUGGCGUCAUCACCUACUCUGACAGCCCUCAAUCUGAGUUUACCCUGAAACAGUUCAAAAGUCAGGCUGAUGUUCUGAGGGUUAUCUCAAACCUCAAACCUUCAGGGGGAAGAAGAAACACAGCCCAGGCCCUUCAAUAUACACUCUCCUACUUUGGCGAAACACAUGGUGGACGACGGGCGAAGAAUGUACCCCAAGUGCUGUUUCUGAUUACAGAUGGCAAGGUUAAUGACGUGAGUGGACUGGAAACAUGGCCUGAAUCCCUGGCAAAUUCAGAAGUCAACUUUUUUGUUAUUGGUACUGAAGAUGCCGAUGAGGUCCAGCUAAGGGAGAUGGUGGGAGAGAAAGGAAGAGUGCACUAUGCAAGCACUUACCAGGAUCUGCGUGGACGACAAAAAACAAUCACCCAAGAGCUCUGCAAUCUUAACAAACCAAUUUGUGAGAUGGAGGUAUCAGACCUUGUUUUUUUAAUUGAUGGAUCAGAGUCUAUUGAGGAACCAAGUUGGUAUAUUCUCAAACAAACCAUGAUUGACAUCGUGAAAGAACUGGAUAUUGCUGAAGACAAGUGGCGAGUGGGUGUCGCCCAGUUCAGCGAUAAACUCUUGCAUGAAUUUCACCUGAACGAUUACACUAAUCUUACAGAAGUGGAGCAAGCUAUAAACAACACUAAGCAACGAAAGCAGGGCACAAAUACUUGGGAUGCUCUGAAAUUAAUUAGACACUAUUUCACAGAAGAGAAUGGAUCCAGAAUAGAUGAAGGAAUCCCUCAGAAUCUCCUGCUGAUCACAGAUGGAAAAGCUAAUGAUCAAAAAGACUUGAAUGCAUUAGCUUAUCUCAGAAACAAGAAAAUAACAAUAUCUGUUAUUGGGGUUGGCAAUGAUAUAAAAAAAUCUGAGCUGCUUUUAAUAGCUGGAUCACCUGACCGGAUCCUCAUUGAGACUUUCGACAGCCUUGAACGGAAGACCAUAAGGAAAGUGUUACAUUUCCUCUGUGGAGACCAAAAACGACCUCCCGAACAUGAUUGCGAUAUUGACAUUGCAUUUGGGUUUGACGUGUCCAGACAAUCAACGCAACCUCUGUUGAGACCUCCAGUGGAACCGUUGGUUACUGCAGCCAUCCACAGUAUCUCCAUGAUGAGUGAUCUGUGCUGUGUCAAAGUGGACAACAUUAAAACUAGAUUUGGCUAUAGGCUAGUGUCUGCACGAGAUGGCAGACUUCUGGGUAAUUUUAGUUUUGAGAAGUACAACAAGGAUGUGGUCAGGAAAGUGAUGUUACUGAGACCUACGGAGCCCCUGGCCUUCAACGAGAUUCUGUUAGAUUCCUUCAAAGAAAUGUUUAUCAACUCCAACGCCAAGGCAAAGGUUUUAAUAAUCUUUACAGACGGUUUAGAUGAUAGCAUUCAGCGUUUAAUGGCAAGUUCAGAGAGACUUAAGCAAAGUGGGGUUGAUGCACUGCUGAUUGUGUCUUUGGAGGGAAUAAUGGAUGUUCACCAGCUGGAAUUCGGCAGAGGUUUCGGCUACAUGCAGCCACUGACCAUCAACGUGCUGAAUUUAGGCAAUGCUCUUAUGAAACAGAUUGAAACAGUGGUGCUGAGGAAAUGCUGCGAUGUGUUUUGUUCAUGCACUGGUGUACCUGGACCACGAGGACCCUCUGGAAGACUGGGUCAAAAGGGCUCUACUGGUCAGAACGGUCAUCCUGGAUUUCCAGGAGAUGAUGGUAGUGUGGGAGAGCGAGGACCACCAGGGCUGAAUGGAACUCAGGGACACAAAGGUUGCCUUGGAAACAGAGGAAUCAAGGGCCAGCAAGGCUACAAUGGAAAUAAAGGAGAAGAUGGGGAGGACGGGCUGGAUGAAGUGGAUGGAGAACAGGGCGAUGCUGGUCUACCUGGGCUUCCAGGACCUAAAGGAGACCCGGGCAGUGCUGGUGUGAAGGGUUUCAAAGGGAGUCCUGGAACUAAGGGAUACAGCGGUCUAAGAGGAGAUCCUGGCACACCAGGAAUAGACAACAAUACUCCAGGUCCAAAAGGCGAGAGAGGAGAUACUGGGCUCCCGGGUGAACAGGGGCCUCUUGGACCCCCAGGCAGACCUGGAGAUAAGGGUGAUCCUGGUGCUCCAGGAAGAAAAGGUUCACAAGGAUCCCUGGGUGAAUCUUUAAAUAAAAAAGGAGAAGCUGGACAGCCAGGGCCUCCUGGUUACCCUGGACAAGUGGGACCACCAGGUGGAAAUGGGUUUCCAGGAGAAAGUGGUCAUUCAGGUGUACCUGGAAUUCCAGGUCCCUUUGGCCCUCCUGGAGCUAAAGGCUCAAAGGGAGGUCGAGGACCUAGAGGGCCCAGGGGUCUACCGGGUAACACAGGGAUCAAGGGAGCGCUGGGGCCAGAGGGAUUCGAAGGGCCUCCGGGACAAGAUGGAAGAGAUGGGUAUGGACCUGCUGGGCCCAAAGGACACAAGGGAAACAAAGGAUACUUUGGCCUCCCUGGUUUGCAGGGUGAGGAUGGUACCAAAGGAUCCAGUGGAAGUAAAGGACACAAAGGUUAUCGAGGAACACGGGGGAACAGUGGUUGUCUGGGUAUGCCAGGUGCUCCAGGAGAAAACGGAAUGGACGGACACAGGGGUGAGAAAGGACUUCCUGGGAUCAAUCCGAUGCCUGAAUGUGACCUGGUCAAAUACAUACGCAAGACUUGUGCUUGCUGCGCUGGAAAGCGUUUCCAGUGUCCAGUUUACCCCACAGACCUGGUGAUAGCCUUGGACAUGUCUAUAGGUGUAUCUUCUGAUGUGUUCGAGCGGAUGCGUUCUGCUGCUCUCUCCUUACUGGAAGACAUUUCCAUUGCUGAAACAAAUUGUCCAUGGGGAGCUCGGGUGUCUGUGAUCUCCUACAACAGCGAGUCCAGGAACCUGAUCCGCUUUGCGGACCACCAUAAGAAGAAGACCCUUCUGGAAGCUCUAAGAUCAAUCGCUAAAGAAAGAACCACAAAAAACAGGGACAUAGGACAAGCCAUGCUCUUUGUGGCACGGAACGUCUUCAAACGAGUCAGAAAGGGCAGACUUAUGAGGAAGGUGGCUGUGUUCCUCACAAACGGGCCAACAAAUGAUGAAUCAACACUCGCCACAGCAAUGCUGGAGUUCAAGGCGGCAGACAUUGGCCUCGGAGUGAUCGCUUUGCGACCUGCUGAUGAUGUGAGCCGAGCAAUGCAGGUUGACGACACGAGAAGCUACAUUAUUGUUGAUGGCAGAGAAGUGAAUCGCAUUAAAAAGUGCCUCAUUUGUUUUGAUCGCUGUAACCCAGACCCAGAGUGUGGUAUAAUUCUGCAGCCGCAACCUCUACAGAUGGACUUGGACCUGUCUUUGCUGCUGGAUGGGUCUAAUAACCUGAACACUCAACAGUAUUCAGAUGCGAAGGAGCUUCUUCUGUCUCUGUUGGACCGGAUCGGCGUGAGCAACGAGCCAAGCAGAGCGGACGAGAAAACCAGAUUGGCCGUCUAUCAGCAGAGCUCUGUUUACGGCUCCUCUUACAUCAACGAGGAGUUCAGCUUCACCAAGUUUAAAGAUCGCAGUAUCAUGAAGCGGCAUAUUACUAGUACAGUGAAGCAAGUGGGCGGGACAUCCCAUCCUGAGUUUGCUUUGGAGUGGCUGAUUACUAACAUUAUCCUUAAAGCAGAAAGACCACGAAGCAAACGAAUGGUUGUGGCUGUUUUUGGUGAAAACUCUGAGCACAGCAAAACUCAGCUGGAUUAUUUGUCUAGAUUAUGUAAGUGUCAGAAUGUUGUUAUGUUUGUCCUCAUGGCGGGACACAGAUUCGACUGGACCCGGAUGCAGGAGCUCACCAACUCUCCUCUGGAGCAACACCUGGUAUUCCUGGAUGACAGAGAGUACGCCACACGCUUUGUUUACGCCUUCCUGCAGAUGUUCCACAGAGAAAUCUUGCCCCGGUCUCUGAUAGAUACCCGUGAUUGUCGUGGUUUUGUGCCGAGGCCUGUUGGAUUUGGACAAGGAACCACAGAGAGAGAUAUUCUGCAGACUUAUGCGCCCAUCGAAGGGUCCACUGAAGGGCCCAUCACAACAGAAGAACCUCUGGAGGAAUAUGAUGAUUAUGAUGAACAAAACGCAGAACCAAUUGCUGAAGCUUAUCAACUUCAGUUCACUAAACGUUUUACAGAAGAUCACACCGAGCCUCCAAAGACUAAAGCACGGUGUUUCCUUGAGAGAGAUUCUGGCCGUGUGUGUGCAUCGUAUGUGUCCAGAUGGUACUACAGCCAGAAGACUAAGAAAUGCAUGCACUUUUGGUACGGUGGUUGUGACGGAAAUGAAAACCGAUUCUUGACAGAGGAAGAGUGCUUUAGGGAGUGUGGGUCCUCGGGUAUUUGCCAGCUUGAGUAUGACGCAGGAACUUGCUCAAACUUUGCAGUGAAAUGGCACUUCAACGCCAGCAGUGGUGAAUGUGCCGCGUUCUGGUAUGGAGGCUGUGAAGGGAACAGCAACCGGUUCAACACGCAGGAGGACUGUGAGAAUCGCUGUCUCAGGGCCAAAAAAGCGUCUCUUAACAUAUCUAAACUGUGAUAUCUAAUGAAUUUCCAAUGAAUGCUGAAUCCAUUUAUCUAUGUUUAGCAGCUUCUGUAUUCAUGACCAUAUUCUCAUCAUUGACUGGCAGCCCUAGAGUCAGUCUUGAAGUUUUAGCUAAAUGUAUUUGUACAGAUGUAGUUAAUAAA